UGUUUUAUAUUCUCGUCAUUUCUGACCGGUUCAUAUUCAGAGAGGCUGUAACAAAUAAACAAGACGAUGAGAAGCCAAACAGGAUGAACCUUUCAGCUGAGACGUCCACUACAGACCUCCUCAGCUCAGUAAUAAUUAAUAGUAACAUUAUAUGGCUGUAAUGAGAUGCAGAGGGGUACAUCUCCAUGGGGACAACUUCCAAACACACACACACACACACACACACUUUAGUUCGUCCACAGAGCUGCAGCAUGCACAGGUCCUACCAGCCGCUGAAUCCCGUCACCAACCGGUACCUGCAGCAGAGAUGGGACCAGAACCACUACCAGAAUCACCGCAAAAAGGUGAACUCCUCCCUGCCAGUAGUGGACAACAAGGGGAUGAAGACACCUGCUCACAUCCAGCUGAAACUGAAGAAACUACAGCUGCAGGACGAGCGUCUGUCCGUCGUCGACAGAGAUAACCGGCUGCUGGCGUCCAAACUGGCCGAUAUCGUCUGCUCCAAAGGUCUGGUGGACCAUCAGAACCAGUACCACCUGAGGAGUCUGAAUGCUGACAGGAGGAGGGAGGAGCUUCUUCUGAUUGGCCGUCAGAAUCAGGCCAUCUAUCAGCGAAUCACGAGCCGGCAGUCGGAGCAUCGCCGCCCGCUGUGGUUGGACGACUGGGAGAGGGCGGAGCGUCGCCGUGACGACAUCUCACGAUACCCUCGAGGACUCGGAGAGAAACACAGGUCAAGCAGGAAGGUGAAGUUUGCAGUGGAGGGUGAGCGGGCGUCGAGCUGCACGGACACGGAGAGAGACGAAACAAAACAAACUAAAGAUGUUCACUUUCAUUUGAUUUAA